UGACUUGUACGUAAUCACUUCUAUCAAAGUUGAACCGAAUGCUCGCGGCACCAUGGAUAAGUCAUUAAAAAAUGAUUAUAUCCAAGCAUACCUCGACCGUCAGAAAGUCUAUGUACACUCAUACUCUUCUGAGGGAAUUCAUCCCCCGUCAAAAAUAUCCAACAGAACACCAACAAGGACGCCGACAAGGACACGUUAUGAAGAAACGAAAAAGCUGGAAUUUGGGUUCGACACCCCUAUACUCGUCCCCCGUGUGACUAGGCCUGAUAUCGUUAGUACGGACAAGCGCUCGGUCGUAGUAGGGCUCCCCGCCAAGGCAACGCAAAAGGCCCGAAAGACUCAGCAGGCACUCGAUGCUGAGACCUCCAUAAAGGAAAACAAAGGCUCAGUACAUGCACCAAUCAUCACUGCUCAACGUGAUACAUCCAAGCGGAAGCGUAAGAAGGCCGAAGUCCCGGUUUCAGACGAAGAACAUGAGGCUAGACUGAGCGAGCGUCGAGAACGGAAACGCGUAAAGCGCGAUAUUGUCAAACCAGAUAGCAAUAUUCAAGUGCAUGAUAGCCCGCCAGCAAGCGAAAGGGAACAUAAGAAGGUUGCUCGUAAGAGGGCAAAGAAAAACUUGGGCACUGCAGGCCUUGCACUCUUGCAUGGAUUCUCAGCGACCAAUGUCGGUAAAAACCGCCUCACGUUGAAACCAUUGGCUUCUCUCGGAGUAUUCAAUAAGGGGAAAUCAUCCGCCAAGACGAAGGUAUACAAAACGAAGGAGCCAGCGCAGAAGUUGUUUUCAGAAAUAGCGUUUCUUAACAAAACAACCAAGAAAUAUGAGUCUCUAGUGGAUGAGUCGCUUGUACCCGACUCUUCCUCUCGACCACCAUCCGCUAUGCAAAGGAUCAAGAUCACGAAUCAUGACAAAGACGAGAAAUCGACUCGAUCCGCAAGCGACCACGCUACGACUCUGGACCUUCCUAGGGAAGGUACAGCUAUAUCAGAGCCGUGGGAUAUCGAGUUUCAAAGCCAAUGUCCUUCUUCAGAUGGUUUUCGUCCUCAGCCAGGCGAACCCAUAGCUGGAACGCUAGUACCUCAUCCCCGUAUGGCCAGUUGGCACGAUCAGGAACUACCGUCUGAUGUUCAGGUGAUGCACUCUUCCCUCAUAAGUCCCACGAGGGAAACGUUUCAUGACUGUACACCCGACAAAAUCUUGUCAUCAGUCUCAGCGUCUGUCAUCGCGACCAUCUACGAUCUUGACGGUGAACCGUCUAUCCAUCCCUCUCAUUCCGCAUCUCAGGUUGGCCUCAAACGACUUGAUGAUCCAAAACCUUCUGUCGAGCUUCUUACAUCAAAGUAUUUCGCCGUGCAUGACGAUCAUGACGCGGAGCAUGUAUCACCGUCGUUCGAUGAACGACGCCCUAUAGCUAAGUCUUCUAGUGUGAUAUCGGGCUGCAAUCUGCGUGACGCACACCCCCUCUAUGUUUCCCACCCGCAUGACACAAGCACAACGCAUCGCGCCGCUCCUUUGAAUGCUAUGGUUGACAGCAGCCCUUUACGCAUCCAUGGUAUCCCCGAGGAUCACUUUCUUCCCUUAGCUGACGACCUUAUGCCAACUUAUCGAGGUCACUCUAUCAUGCAGUAUAGUCGCCAUAACGAGGAUGUCAUUUCAGCAUGGUACGCUCUAGACGCAUGUACUACCAGCUUCUCCGAAGGGGACUCUGGCCAUCAUAAUCUUCAAGACCAAGACCUGGUAUUUCUGGAACCUCCAUAUCCUUUCAAUGAACCUAGCUUCUAUCCUCCGGUGCACGCCUACUCAAGCGACGGGCUACACGAUAUCCCAGGGGAUGACAUAGUCGUACUUGACGAGCCAUGCCAAGGUCCUAGGAAACUCGUCGAGUAUACACAAGAGGUGGAUGACUACGAACAGUCAGACUUUGCGCUGGAACUAUCUUCAUUACACCAUGGUACUUUCUCGUCACCUACCCGCUCUAACGCGACAGCCGAGGCAUACGACAAUGAUUCCUGCCGACUGCGUCCGUUCUUGCAAGGUCGUGCGAUGCUGCUUGGCAUCCCUCCGUACGUUCCGCCUUGGCAUGACUAUGAACACACAGAAUUUGGAAAUGGUUUGCUGUCAGCCGAAGUGGAUGUUGCAAAACGUUUGAAAGACCAUUGGCGGCCGCAUAGAUUAUGAUUGAAUAGUUUUUGAAAUAGGAUUGAGUCAUGUCACGAACGCGAGAUGUAACGCGUGACCG